AUGGCUGCCAAGACCAAGGCCCAGGAAAUCAUUGACAACAACGCAGUUGCCGUCUUCUCCAAGUCCUACUGUCCAUACUGCAAGGCGACCAAGUCGCUCCUCAGCGAGAUGGGCGUGAAGCCAUUCAUCAUCGAACUCGAUCAAGUCGAUGAUGGCGCUGCGAUCCAAGACGCCCUAGAGGAGAUCACCUCCCAGCGAUCCGUCCCGAACAUCUUUAUCGACCACAAGCACAUCGGCGGAAACUCUGACUUGCAGGGAAAGAAGAGCCAGCUGCCAGAACUGCUCAAGCAGGCAGGUGCUAUAUGAUGGAACUGAAUACUUGAGGCUUGUAAGAGCACGGUAGCGGAUAUGAAGCAGUCACUAUACACUGUCUGACGAAGUCAUGCAAUUCGAAUACCCUGUCGAUUUCCACGUGUCCCCAACCCUCAUCUCUCAUGAUCUAUCUUGCGGCUUCCUCUUUACUUCAGUCGAGCUCUCCAGCAGCAGCCAUCCUGCGUAGCGCCUCAAUGCUCGAAUGUACUGCCAUCUUCGCGCCUUCACGAUGCAUCUUCACCAGCUUCUUGUGCUCCUCGGAACCUUCAACAACAUCUGCAUGCCUCCACUCAAACGUGUAGGUCAUGUGCAAAUCACUCUCCGUCAGGG